GCUCUGAAAAUGCAUAUGCACUCCUAAUUGUCACCAGACGAAGUAAAAUAACCCGUUUUGAAUAAUAUAAAAAGCAGGAGGAGCUGUGCCGGGUAAGUUUUUUGGAGUUUCCUACACCUUGUUUUUGGCCCCGCGGCGGCGCAGGGUAGCAAAGGGCCAGCCGGAGGAGAAAGGAGACCGUAUGAUGUGGAUCUGGUACCUGCUCCUUGGUUCGGGUUCCGGCUCAAGAACUGUUGAGAGCCAGCUGUUUCCAGGAAAUAACUUCACCACAGAGUGCAACAUCCCUGGAAAUUUUAUGUGCGGAGAUGGGACAUGUGUCCCUGGCGGAUGGCAGUGUGACGGAAUGCCCGACUGCUUUGACAAGAGUGACGAGAAAGGCUGUCCUAACGUCAAGUCAAAGUGCGCCCCUACAUUCUUUGCCUGUGCUAAUGGCGUCCACUGCAUCAUCGGACGCUUCCGCUGUAAUGGCUUCAGUGACUGUCCUGACGGGAGUGACGAAGUAAACUGCACAGGCAACCCUUUGGUGUGUUCGGAGGCUCGCUUCAAGUGUCGAAAUGGCCGCUGUGUUGACCGCAGCUUCCUGUGUAACGGUCAGAACAACUGUCAGGACAACAGCGAUGAGGAGCUCUGCCUAACCACAGCAGAAGCUCCUGGCCAGGACCUUGUGACGCUGGACUACCGGCUGCAGUAUUAUCCCAGUAUCACCUACGCCGUCAUCGGCAGCGCUGUUAUCUUUGUCCUGGUGGUGGCAUUGCUGGCCCUCGUGCUUCAUCACCAGAGGAAGCGGAGUGUUCUGCUACCCAGAGGUGUUAGAGGUAGCUCACAUCACCACCACCACCAGCCUCUGCUGCUGUCCCGGCUGGUGAUCUUGGACCGGGGCCCUGUCAGUCCAGGUGGUGCAGAUCUAUCAGCUGGCUCCCCCACUACAGUGGCACAAUACAAUUCAGCUCCUCUUGGGCUCCAGCUGUUGUCUGGAGCUGUAUAUCCUUCUGGAUUCAUGGACUCGCCUCCAUCGUACUCACAGGCCGUACUGGAUGUCAGUCGGCCUCCGUGGUUCGACCUCCCUCCGCCUCCUUACCUCUCUGACGGAGAGCUUCCGUCAGAGGGAGAUCUGCCUCAGUAUGAGGCGUCGCAAGAUGCUUCAAGUCAUCCCACAUCACAUCCUUCUCCGCCACUCACACCCAGAACUGUGGCCUCAGGCACUCGGCCGAGACUGAACUCCAGAGAAGAGUCAGACCAGCUGUAGCCGCUUUCCUGUCAAGUGUUGUUCAGAGACUGGCGGACUAGACUGCAGUACCGUGUGAGGUCAGAGACUCUGAGACGACACAGUGACCUACGCUCGACUGUUCGCUUCCAGAAGCACUGAACAGUGACAGGCUCAUCCUGCUUAGACUGCACUUGUGUCAUAGCUCCCUCUGCUGGGAACAUAGGUGCACAACAGCUGCCUGUCCGAUCAUUUGUCAAUUAAAUCAUUCCACUUGUGGCCUUACACACAUAAUGUGUAAAACUGCCAACAUCUCCAAGGAAGGAGUGUAACAUUAAAGGGGCAUUAGUUCAUAUAAACAAGGAGGGCAGAAAAAUAUGGCAGCAUGUGAUGCGAUCAUUGUAAAUCUCGUUUGGAAGCACUUGCAGAGCCAACGGCAUUUUGUGAUGCUGCUCACACCUGCAACAUUGGAGAUUAAAAGAGAGAUGUGAGAUUUUAAAAAAGCAAACUACCAAAUGUGAUUGUUAUAUGAACAUUUCCCACAGUUAGAGAAUUGUAGCAGUGACACAUUGUUGCCUUUUUUAAAGUUGAUAUGAUAUACUUUUCAUAAUUCAUCGUUAGUAAUUCGAGGAGUUUAUACAGUCAUGUUGUUGUUAUAAUCCUAUUAGCAGAUAAACAUAAACAUAAGCAUACACUUGUUAUGUACUGGAGCAAUUCAUUGAGUAAUCAGUUAGUAAUUUUUUUAAAUUCAUUUUUAAUUUUGAUGUAAAGUUUGGCUAGUCAGAAAUAACAGUUUACCAUUAGUUUGAACAGGAAAAAAAAUCAGUCCUAUUAGUGAAUAAUAACUGCUGAGAUAUUGAGAAUUUUAUGAGAUAUUUGUAAAAGACCAUUGGAUACCUUUGUGCAUUUUUGUUCAGUGUUUUUCACAGUAUUGCUACUUGGUUAAAUUCCAGCAAAUGUGUGAAGAAGAUCAUAGAUGAGAUGAUUUUUCUGGAAAUACAUCAUGAUUCCUUGACGGG